UGAAACUUGGGUGCUCCUUCAGUCUGGAUGUUGAUGGCAGGACAGAGGGGCGCCUGGACCAUGGGCGACGUGGUAGAGAAGAGUUUGGAAGGGCCGCUGGCACCUCCUAUGGAUGAGGCCUCCCAGAAAAGAGGAGACCUUGUAGAAAUCUUAAAUGGGGAUAAGGUAAAAUUCGAUGACACAGGACUCUCCUUAAUACUGCAGAAUGGCCUGGACACCCUGCGCAUGGAAAAUGCUCUGACAGAUGUCAUCUUGUGUGUGGACAUUCAGGAAUUCUCCUGCCACCGCGUGGUGCUUGCCGCGGCCAGCAACUAUUUCAGGGCCAUGUUCUGCAAUGAUUUGAAGGAAAAGUAUGAGAAGAGGAUCAUUAUCAAAGGGGUUGAUGCCGAGACCAUGCACACUCUUCUGGACUACACAUAUACCAGCAAGGCACUGAUCACCAAGCAGAAUGUGCAACGAGUCCUGGAAGCUGCUAACCUCUUCCAGUUCCUACGGAUGGUGGAUGCCUGUGCCAGCUUCCUAACAGAAGCCUUGAACCCGGAAAACUGUGUUGGAAUACUGAGGCUGGCAGAUACACACUCUUUGGACAGCCUGAAAAAGCAGGUGCAAAAUUACAUCAUCCAAAACUUUGUGCAGAUUCUGAACUCUGAAGAGUUCCUUGAACUUCCCGUGGACACUCUGUACCAUAUCUUGAAGAGUGAUGAGCUUUAUGUGACAGAGGAGGCUCAGGUGUUUGAGACUGUGAUGAGUUGGGUCCGGCACAAACAGUCAGAAAGGCUCUGCUUGCUCCCCUAUGUACUUGAGAAUGUGCGCUUGCCACUUCUGGACCCGUGGUACUUUGUGGAGACGGUGGAGGCAGAUCCUCUCAUCAGACAGUGCCCGGAGGUCUUCCCGCUACUUCAGGAAGCCAGGAUGUACCACCUUUCAGGCAAUGAGAUCAUUUCGGAGCGCACCAAGCCCAGGAUGCAUGAGUUUCAGUCUGAGGUAUUCAUGAUCAUUGGUGGCUGCACGAAGGAUGAACGGUUUGUGGCGGAGGUAACCUGCCUGGACCCCCUGAGGCGCAGCCGCCUGGAGGUGGCCAAGCUCCCCAUGACAGAGCAUGAGCUGGAGAGUGAGAAUAAGAAGUGGGUGGAGUUUGCAUGCGUGACAUUAAAAAAUGAGGUCUACAUCUCAGGUGGCAAAGAGACACAGCAUGAUGUUUGGAAAUAUAAUUCUUCAAUCAACAAAUGGAUUCAAAUUGAGUAUUUGAACAUAGGCCGCUGGAGGCAUAAGAUGGUGGUUUUAGGUGGCAAAGUCUAUGUGAUUGGAGGUUUUGACGGCUUACAGAGGAUCAACAAUGUGGAGACCUAUGAUCCCUUCCAUAACUGCUGGUCAGAGGCAGCACCCCUUCUUGUCCACGUCAGUUCCUUCGCAGCUACCAGCCAUAAGAAGAAGCUCUAUGUGAUUGGGGGUGGGCCCAAUGGGAAACUGGCCACAGACAAGACUCAGUGUUAUGACCCUUCAACCAAUAAAUGGAGUUUAAAGUCGUCCAUGCCGGUGGAGGCUAAAUGCAUCAAUGCAGUCAGUUUCCGGGACCGCAUCUAUGUUGUUGGAGGGGCCAUGAGAGCGCUUUACGCCUACAGUCCCCUGGAAGACAGCUGGUGCCUGGUGACCCAGCUCAGCCACGAGAGGGCCAGCUGCGGCAUCGCGCCCUGCAACAACCGCCUCUACAUCACUGGGGGGCGGGACGAAAAGAACGAGGUCAUCGCCACGGUGCUGUGCUGGGACCCGGAGGCCCAGAAACUGACGGAGGAGUGCGUCCUGCCCCGGGGGGUCUCGCACCAUGGCAGCGUCACCAUCAGGAAGUCUUACACACACAUCCGGAGGAUCGUGCCCGGAGCCGUGUCGGUGUGACUGCGGAUGGCGAGGGGCGCUGGACGGGGCCCCGGGAGACCUCCCUCCUCACCUGUCUCCUGGGUUCGUCCCACUUCAGACAGCAGGCUGGGCUUGAGCUACAGGCCAUACACCUGGGUUCCCCGCGGCUCCACAUGGGGGCUCCUUUUGGAAGUCACACCUUCAGGACACCAGCCAGGAAUGUUUGUGCGACCUACCUCAGGAGGGAAGAAGAGUAAUCUGUAAGAUUCAGGACACACUUGUCCCAUGCCAGGUUAUGUGCCAAGCACUUUUGUGUACCAAUUCAUUUAGCCAUCACAAUGACCUGGUCACUGGACAUUAUCACUUCUCUUUUACAGGUGAGAAAACUGAGUUUCAGAGAGGCCAAGUGCUUUGCCCCCGGUCACCCAGGUUAUAAGUAGGAAGCCAAGAGGCUAACCUCAGGUCUUUUCAAUGUCAAGGUCAGUGCUGAUUCUGGCUGCCUAUUUCCAAGUAGGAAACAACAAACUAAAAUGGGCUCAGUUUUUGUUCUGACAAGUUUGCUAAAGGAUUCACUCAGCAAGGCGGGGAAAUAGUUUUUUUUUUUUUUUUUUUUCUUAUAUUUAAACCAUAUGGCAUUCUUGGUGUUAGCGCCUUGGGCUCCUUGUUAAGAGUGUUUCAAAUGUUGCAUCUGACAGGACCGGGAGAUGGGUCUGGGGUGACCUAUAUGCUUUGAAAGAGAUAAAAGACUUCUCACCCAUCAAAACCUCUAUUUUUUCAUGAUCACCGAGGUGCAUUUUGGACUAGAACUGUUAUUGCCAGACAGAAUUGUACCUUCAGCACCGUCCAGUGCCCUGGACUUUUCAUGUCCAACACUUGUAUUGCAAUGUUGAAAAGAGUUUUCCAGAGACUCAGAAUACUAUUGUUUUGUUUUCUUUUGUUUUGUUUUGUUGUGUCUUUAAUGUAAGCACCCCUACACUGCUGGCCACCGCAAGAAUGGCUGACUCUUCUUGACAGUAUAUUUUCUACUUUUUAGACUGUGAUUUGAGUCCAUGUCCCUGAGCCCCACCUUCCUAGAACCUUAGUUUUCAGGAUCCUUUUAAGCCCUAUUAUUCGGUUUUUGGUUCAGUUUGGCACAAUUUUGACUCAAGGAAUGGAGUCUGUCCUUCACUCUGAUAGAGCUUUCAAAUGAGCUCACUGGAAAUUCAUUCUAAUCCCCAAGUUGGGGAAACAGAUUAAGAGAUCCUGUUUCAUGUGCUGUACUUAAAGAGCAACAACAAUGAUAGCAACAUAGUAACUGCAUUACCCAAUGUGUUUUAUUUUCAUCAUAUGAUUUCAAAUCUCUUUAACAGAGUUUUAUUUCAUGUCAGAUGCAGCAUAUUGUGCUUGUACUUCUGGAACAGUUUGGGAAGUAGAGAUAUUAGAGUUUAUAGUGAGUUGAGUUUUCAUAGAAAAGUUACGGUUAGAAGAAGCCAAAGUUCAAAGCUGAUAAAGAAAAAAGGACUUGGAACAUUACACAUGAGAUUUCUGUGUAUGCUUAGAUCAUUGGGGAUAAAUAUAAACCCAUGUUGGUGUGUGAAAAGCUCUGUGCCUUAGAAUCAGGUGUGACAGUUCAGCUCCCUGCUACAAACGAUAAGAUAAGAAAAUACAAACAUAUCUAGGGACAUUUAGAACACAUUAUAGUAAGUGAUGUACUUACUCCUGAGUACUAAUAACCUUAACAAAGCUUUCAACAGAAACAAUUUAAUCUAGUUCAAUUUAGCAAACAUCCAAAGAGUUCUUUCUGUUUGUCAAGCCUUGGGGACACCAAUGAGUAAGAUAACCACUCCCUGAAACAUUCAGCAAACAGAUAAACAGGCCACAAGUCAACAUUAUAAUUUUUCUUUUGAUCAAGUUAGAGAAAAAUGAUAUGUCUGCAAAGUUAUGAGGUUACAUCCAUGUCUUUAUUGCCCUCUCAGUGGUCUUCUUGGGAAGCUGUACUCUUAGAUCAAUGAUGUGGCCAUUGCUUACAUAUUUGACUUCCUUUGAGAUCGUCUUCAGAAACCAUUUAUGAGCUGUAGGAGGAAUCAUUUUCCAAAGGUGACUUUAGGGAAGAACUUCCAUAAAGGCUAUCAAUGACAACAUCAGUGGCAUUUGCAGAGAGAUCCCCUCAGAAAGAGAAUGCUCCUUGUCAUGGAGGACUUUUGAUAAGAGCAAUUGACAAAUUUUGUGCCCAUCAGUGGAUCAGCCCUACUCAGGGAAAGUAAGAAUUCAGGAUCUCUGUGUUAUAAAUCUGCUUCUAAUUGCAGGACCCAAGUUUCAAGACUUGUUCAGAAUACAUAAAUGAAGUCAAGGAAAGGAUUCUAUGUCAUUUUUAAAAAAUGUUUAUUUAUUUUUGAGACAGAGAGAGA